AUGGGCACAACGAGCUCUCGGUCGGCGCUCUCAACGCAGGACGGACCCGUGCAGAAGCUCACAUCCGCCGAGCUCGCGACCUUUGUGAGGGACCUCGGGCCCGAGUUUGUUCCGUACAGUGACAUGCUUCUCGCCCAGGACAUUGACAGCACGCGUCUCGUGGCGCUCUCGGAAGCGGACCUCAUGAGCGCUUGCCACGUCAAGGACCCAAGCCACGUGACGAUGAUGCUCUAUCAUCUCAAGCAGCUCAAGGCACCGGCUACGACGCCGAGUGGUAGUAGUACGAGUAGCCACACCGUACGCACCCUUGCCAAGCCCAAGCGUCGGUCGGUCGGUCGAGACGACGUGACGACGCAAGCCGCCGAGGACGCGCGCGCCGCCGUGCAGCAAAUGGUGCUUGCGAGCAUCGAGUGCGCGCCGCUGCUUCACGCGGUAUCCUGCGAGACGCUCGUGACGGCGAUAGAGCCGCAUGAAAACAACGCACCGAUCUCGCCCGCCAAAACGCUGCCGCCGUUGGCUCACACGCCCGAGCUUCCGCCCCGAGCCGACGAAAACAUGGUGGCGCGACCCGCCGACACGAUAUCCAGCUUUGGCGGGCAGCGCGCAUGCCAAGUGGCGCCGCUCGACACGGAGACGUCUCCGAUAGCGACAGAGCCACCACACACGACCACCGACGUAAAAGCACCGUGGCCCACAUCGUCGCUACCAGGCUCGACCGAGGCUGAUGCAGCACCCAACGUUGCAUCGCCUCGACCAACUCUACCAAGUCGAAGCCGUGCCCCCACGCCGCGCGAGGCCGAGGGGACGCCCAGGGUGGCCACCGCCAAGUUUGACAUACCGUACCCAUCGGCCUUUGACUCGGCAGUCCGUCGAGGCUCGUCCAGUCGGCGCAACUCGUUUGAUAGCCAUUCACACAAUGCCGUCCUGACACAAGACGGUCACCCGACAGCAAAGCCACCUGACCAUGACGACGGGGACGACGACGAUAUUGUGCAUCCGACCAUGAAGGCGACAACGGUCGCAACACGGGGUCUUCGGCCUGUCAUGUCGAUCCAGAGCAUGGUGCGCGACCACUUUGAUGACAUUGUGAGUGCGCCAAGCGCGGCGUUCGACCCGAACCUCGACCACUACGACGCAUACUUUUCGUACGCCGUGGGCAAAGACAGCGCGAGUCGCAUCGUGCGGGAGCGCAUUGCGCGCGCCCACAAGCUCUUGACGGCCAACGGCAUUGUUGUGUGGUACGACGCCGACAAGAGCGCCACCGACAAUGCACUCAUCCAGCAAGGCCUUGGUCACGCGUCGGUCGUCGUCGUCUUUGUCACGCGGCAUUAUAUGAACCUCGUCAACAGCGACGGGCAGCUCGAGAGCUGUCAGUAUGAGUUUUCACUCGCGCUUUUCACCAAGACGGUCCAGCGGAUGGUGUUCAUUGUGCUCGAAGACGAAAUGAAGCGCUACGACUGUCUCUCGGGCGAGUUUCGCAUCAUCAUUGGGGACCAAGAGUGCAUGGACUUUACACACGACGAGUACUAUGACGAUGCGUGCGACGAGCUCACAGAGAAGAUCCUCGAGCUCCAAAAACUCCCAUACAAACCCACGGGGGACCCGAAUUCGAUUGAGAACAUGGCCGUAAGCCCGCUCAUGACGCGGCUCAAGCAGGACCAGCAGCCGUGGGACGUGAGCGAGCGCGUGCUCAAGCGCCUCAUUGGCCUCGCCAUGGCGUCGCCGGUCUACGCCGACAAGAUGCUCGCCAAAGGCAUUUUGCCAGUCAUGGUGCAUUUUGUCAAGCUCGACCAGUCGGACGAAGAGGUGCCGCGGGAGGCCGAGCUCGCCAUUCUAUUGAUGAAGAUCCUCGCCCGCAGCAGCGGCGUGCUUCGCCGCAAGAUCUUGCUCGCGAUUCAAGACAUGUCGCUCCUCACGUCGUUUACGGCCUACCUCACGGUUGGCGAAGGCUUCACCAAGGAGCACAUGGCCGGGCUCAUUCGCAACCUCUUUGUUGUUGGCGGCAUCAAGGUCUUUGAUAAAAGCGACAGCUUCAAGCAAACGAUCGCUGCGCUGCUCAAGAUCCUCGGCACCGGCACCAUGCUGCAACAAUACGAAGCGGGGGCUGCCCUCUGCGCGAUUUCGCUCAACCGCGAGUACCAGCCGCUGCUUGUCGAAGAGAGCGCAAUUCCGAUCUGCAUGCGCAAGCUCACAACGACAGCGACGCACGAGACCGUGCGCGACAAGGCGGCGCUCGUUUUGCGGUAUCUCUCGGGCACGGAAGACAACCAGCGCGAAAUUGGUUCGGAAGGCGGUAUUGUUGCGUUUCUUAGUCUAUUAAAGGCGGGCACCCACUCCCAGCGCGACACUAGCGCCGCCGCGCUCAACUGGCUCAUGGAGUGCGCGGAGAACCGCAGCCGGCUCGUCAAGGAGAAUGGGAUUCCGACGCUACUCAACUACGUCGUGCGCGGGCGCAAGUUUGUGCGCCAGCAAACGCUCAGCGCGCUCAGCAAGCUUGCGCCCCACGCCGAGUAUCAGAUUCCGUUGGCCAAGGCCGGGCUUCUCGGUCCUUGCCUCGCGAUUCUCGGUGUCGGCAACGAUAGCCAAAAAACUGCAGCUUGCAUCGUACUCACGGCGCUCGCCGCAACAGACCUCCUUGUCAAGAUGAAGGAUGCGAUUGGACCUAUUGUCAACCUCUACUGCGAAGGCACCGUACCCCAAAAGAAGGCCGCCAAGAUCGUCCUCGAAAAGCUCAGUCGACACAAACCGUUCAAAGAACAGAUCAUUGCGCUAGUCCAAGAGGAAUCGCUCAUGCUGCAUUAAUGCUGCCUAAACAUUCAAAACACGUCAGACUCGAGUCGUUCG